GCCAAUAUGUUAAGUUAACUAGUUUGUACAAAUUUUUAUUUCAUGACUUAUAUUACAGCUGCAGCAACAAGUGCACAUCAGCAUUGUACUAAAACGUACAAAAUAUAUAUGUGAAAUGAAAGCAAUUGCUGUAGUUUUGAGUCUGCUUUACGUCAAGAUAAAAAACUUGUGUAGUCCAUGACAGUGACUGCUAAUUAAUGAUUAUUUACAGAGUAUCAUGAAACUAAACAUCUGCAGUGAUGAUUUCACCCUUGAAGAUCCUCAUUCUUUUAACACCCACACACACACAAAUCGAGAUUCCACUUUUCACUCUUGCACAUGCUAUUACUCCAGAGUUCACACAAAACACACUUUUUACAUAUGAACACAGAGUACAGUCUUUUCUAGUUGGGCAGAGUGUCAUAUAAAAUGUCUUUUACACUCUGUGACAUACUAUCCGGAAACUUUAUGUCAAAUGAAACUAUAAGAUCUCCUUUCCUACUGGGUUCCUUGGGAAAAGGCAGUCCAUGUCCCUGAAUCCUUUUCACCGUUGUUGGCUUAAUGAUUUCAUUAGUAAGGUUGAUGGGAAUCUUGUCACCACCAAGAGUAGGAACAUCCACGACAGUACCACAAAGUGCCUAAAAAUAAAGAAUAAAAAUUAUUGCUACAUGCCAUCCUCGCAAAAACAGUACAACCACAUGAAAAGAUAAGGACAGAAAUUAAUCAUACCUGCUUCAAUGAAAUUUUUGCAACAUAUCUGACAUCGCUACCUUCUCUCUUGAAAAGGGGAUGUGGUUUAUCCCUUAUGAUGAAGACAAUAUCGGCAGGAAUUUUAUUUCGGCCCUGAUCACCCUCCUUUUGGAAGGUAAUUUUGGUGCCAGCUUUCCAACCAGGUUUAACAUUUAUUGUCAGCACUUUGUCUUCUUUCCUUGCUGAACCAUCGGGCUGCAGAACUCUCCUUGAAAUUUUCAUUUUCUUGGUACAACCACGAGUGAUAUCUUCUAGAGUAACAUAAAGAUCAUGUUCUAUUGGAGGGUCUUGCAUUUUAUCUUUGUUGCGAUUCGGCGAUCCAUGGAAAUUGAAUGAAUGAGAUCUGAAAGCGCCUCCAGGUCCAGCAUUUCUUGCAUUGCCCAUUCCUAAACUGACAAAUGGGUCAUCCAUUUCCAUAUCAUCGUCAUGGAAACCAAACAUUCUGGGGCCACCGCCGCCGCCCAAAUCGAAGAAUGUUUGAAAUGGGCUGGCGGAACCAAAAAACUGAGCGAAUGUGGCACGAGGAUCACCAUGAAAUGCGUAGGUAAAUGAUGAACCUCCAUCAGUUCCUCCAGGCACACCACCCUUCAGACCUUCUUCACCGUACUGAUCGUAAACAUCUCGUUUCUUUUUGUCGCUAAGAACUUCAUAAGCUUCGGCAACUUCUUUAAAUUUUUCUUCGGCUCCAGGUGCUUUGUUCUUGUCAGGAUGAUAUUUCAAAGCAAGUUUACGAUACGCCUUCUUUAUUUCGUCGUCCGAAGCUCCCUUCGCUAUACCCAAGAUUUUAUAAUAAUCCUUCCCCAUAAUGACACAGCACAAAUAGGUUUUUUCCCUUCAAAACAAUGAAGACCACCAACAAAACGAACCGUUUAACAAUAACAGAGAAUUAUCCUUCACUUCCACAACACUCCGGCAACGGACUGUUAAGUCAACCGACUGAACUUCGUCACGGCGUCCGCCGGUCAUAUAUACGUUCUGAUGGUUCUAGAACCUUCCGGAAGCUUGUAGUGCUGGCAACGGGCCAGUAGCAGGAGAGCCAACAUCUGAAAACUGUUCUUACUUGGUUUCUCCUUCAAUUAACGUUCCGGAAUAUUCCCUUGAGCGUCGGUAAGCACUGAAUGAAAGGUCUUUCUCACAAUUUACUUUGAAACGACGAAAUAGUGCUGCUAUCUGUUGAUACAGCCUUCUUGUCAUAAUUUACCUGAGUCAGAAAGAUGGAGAUCGAAAUUUUGAACGCCCAGAGCUCGAAACCGGUGGUUACGUUGACCGGUCUCAGCGUCAACACCACAGUAAAGGAUCUAAAGAAACAAAUCUAUGAGAAAAAACGGAGCUUAUAUCCUGAAAGACAAGCGCUGCGUUUGGAAUCUAAGGGUAAAACUUUAGGUGAUGGGGAAACCUUACAGAAUUUGGGACUUAAGGAUAGAUCAAAGUUGUAUGUGAAAGAUUUGGGCCCACAAAUUGGUUGGAAGACUGUAUUUUUGGCUGAAUAUGCUGGACCAUUAUUUGUGUAUUUAUGGAUAUAUCAAAGACCAUGGCUUUUCUAUGGCGAUGGUGCUUCAUCAGUGCCUACUCCAGCUGUUGUUCAUAUUGCAGCUGCAUGUUGGGCACUUCAUUACCUAAAGCGUCUUCUGGAAACAAUUUUUGUGCACCGUUUCUCUCAUUCGACAAUGCCAUUAAGAAAUCUAUUUAAAAACUGCAGUUAUUAUUGGGGUUUUACUGCGUAUGUGGCAUAUCAUGUUAAUCACCCUUUAUAUACAGCACCGUGCUGCCUACAAGUUUAUGGGGCAUUAGCAGCUUUUAUUAUUUGUGAACUGGGAAAUUUGAGCAUUCAUAUUGCCCUUCGCAACCUUCGACCUCCAGGUACAACUGUUCGGAAAAUUCCUAUUGCAACGUCAAACCCUCUUACACAGCUAUUUAACUUUGUAUCUUGCCCAAAUUAUACUUACGAAUUUGGUAGCUGGUUUGCAUUCACCGUUAUGACACAGUGUUUACCAGCUGGCCUUUUUGCCUUAGCUGGACUGUAUCAGAUGGCUGUGUGGGCAUUAGGAAAGCACAAAGCAUACAAGAAAGAAUUUCCAACUUAUCCUCGAGGACGUAAAGCCAUUUUGCCAUUCAUUCUUUAAAACUUUACUGGGAUAAACCAUCAGGAGAAAUGUGUUCAACUUUCCUCAUUUAUAUUCUAUAUACUUGUCUCUUUACUCUAUAAAAUAUAUGAAAGGAAUAGGCUGUGGUUCAGGGUGGAGGAGGAAGUGAAACCAUAUCACUUCUAAACGUACUGAUGUGUUUUUGUAAUUACUGGGUAGUAACUCCAGUAUAAAAGUCACAGGUGUGAGUUUCAAACAAUUCUGUGUGGUAUAGGUAAUGGUGAAUUUUUGAAUAGGUGUGCGAGAGUUUGCUAAUGGAAGAAAUACUACCAAUUGAUCAAAUGACUAAGAAUUCCUAAUGCCAUUAUGAAAACGCUUCUUGGAAAAAACUUUAUUUUCUUUGUGUCAAAGACACUUGAAUGAUUUCAACUUACUACAAGUCUAAAGCAUAGUAAAAUAUUUUAGGUUUUUUAAAGUUAAUGUGUAGGUUUUAUAAAAUAGUUGUCUUUUGAGAAAAUAGAUCAAUAAGAUAUACCAUGACAAAUGUAGAACAAAUUGUUUGUUCCAAGUUCUAAACUGUUGUGUUUAAAUUAUUGCAUUCCAUGUCAGAUGAUUCUAGGAAUACAAAUUGUGAUUGUUGCAUAGAGGGUUGGAAAGAACAAGACUGUGAAUAUUUUGGAUUAAUGUAUCUUAUGUGUUGGCAGUUUGGUUAUGUUUGAAGGUAGAAAAGACCGUUAACAUCAGAAAUUAAAUAAUGUGUGGUAUAUGUAAGAAAUGUACACGAGUACUUCUUAGCUCAUUUUCCAUUUUUGAUCUGAUUAGUAGUAUUGUUAGUAAAUCCUGUUCAAAUGCACUUCCAAUCACUAUCAAAUGUACUGGUUCAUCUGAAGGUAAUUUCGCUUUUUUAUUAUUGCCUUUAGAUUGUAGAUGUGGGGUGCAAGUGUGUUAAAAAUUAUUUAUUUUUAUAGUUUUUUACUUUAUCAACUCCUCUGUUAAUGUACAUUGUCCUGUUCAUAGGAAAUGUUGCCUUUGUUAUGAAAAUGUAUAAUUAUUAUAUGGAUAAGUAGUAAAUAAAAAUUAUAAGAUUUUGUUUCAUAUUAUAUUAUUUUGAAUGUUAAUAAAAUUUUAGUAGCUCAGAUGAUGAAGUA